AUGAAACUAGACUGGCCGAUGGUGCAGAUGGUGUCAAAGGGAAACACUGAGCUCAGUGCUGUUCUGGAGAAACAUUCUGAUGUUUUCAAGGAUAAACUCGGUACGAUAAAAGACAUUACGGCUAAACUCGACAUCAAGCCUGAUAGUAAGCCCAAGUGUUGCAAAGCCCGUUCUGUGCCAUAUGCUAUCAGAUCAAAAGUUGAGACAGCUCUGGAAGAGCUGGUAACCAGUGGAGUCAUCGUACCAGUGAAUAACAGUGAAUGGGCUACGCCUAUAGUACCUGUGCUAAAAAAAGAUGGGUCUAUUCGAAUUUGCGGUGACUUUAAAGUGACAGUAAACCCUGUACUGUCUCCUGACCAGUAUCCACUUACCCUCAUUGAUGAUCUGUUUGCUGGUUUGGCAGGGGGAAAGUGGUUCAGCAAACUUUAUUUGAGUCAAGCCUACUUACAAAUGAAAGUCAAUAAGAGCUCUAAAGAGUUACUGACAGUUGUCACACACAAGGGACUUUUCAGAUACCAGCGUCUUCCUUUUGGCAUCACCUCGGCCCCUUCGUUGUUCCAGAGAGCCAUGGAUCAGGUGUUAAGUGGCCUGUCGGGGGUGCAGUGCUACUUCGAUGACAUCUUAGUGACAGGAAAAACGGAAGCAGAACAUCUGAGUAACCUGGAUAGUACACUCCAGCGCCUAAAGGAAUAUGGUUUAAGAGUGAGAAAAGACAAAUGUGAGUUUUUCAAGCAGUCUGUUGAAUAUCUUGGACAUGUGAUCGAUGCUGAUGGACUGCACAAGGCACCUUCAAAAGUAAGAGCUGUACUAGAGGCUCCAGCAGCACAGAACGUCAGCCAGCUUCGCUCAUUCAUAGGUCUUCUGAAUUACAAUGGUCGAUUCAUCAAUGGCUUAGCCACACUGCUGAAACCUCUACACCAACUUCUGUGUAGUAACCAGACAUGGGAAUGGACACAGCAAUGUGAGACUACCUUUCAAGAAGCCAAGAAAGCUCUGGUGAAGUCUGGUGUGCCAACCCAUUUUAAAGGGGUCAUAUGA